AUGGAAGAAUUGCCGGGGGCGUUGGGGACAAGUGCGAGCUUGGCUCUGAGAUUAGGACAAGCCAUCUUUGCAGUUGCUUCGUUGCUCUUCAUGUGUCUGGGUGUUGAGUUCUACAGUUAUACUGCUUUCUGCUUCUUAGUGACAAUUAUGGGCUUGGUGAUCCCUUGGAGCCUCACACUAGCGGUGGUCGACGUGUUCUCGAUUUUCGUCAAGCGUCCGGCCGGUCAACGCGGGGUACUCUCGAUUGUCGUCAUAGGAGAUUGGGCCCUCUCGUUUUUGUCGUUAGCGGCAUCGUGCUCGACGGCAAGCGUGACGAGCCUUUUGCUCGUUUCGGAAGGGUUUUGUGAUGCAAAGCUAUGUACGAGAUACCAAUUGUCAUCUGCUAUGGCUUUCUUGUCGUGGUUUUUAUCGUUAGCCUCGUCGCUAUUCAAUCUCUGGCUCCUGCCUUCGGUGUAG